GUGCAAAUAACUGCAGUUCACUGGGUGGCCACUUGAGGCUGGCUCCAAGAGGGAGUCAAUUCCCAUUGACUCCCAUGUUAAAAAGCCCGACAGUCUAUGGUGAACAUGUUUGCCCCCAACAUUGAGCAGAUGCACGUGGUGGAUCAUCUGAAGGGCGAACCAUCUCAGGAGAAGAGGAACGUGCUGGUGGAGAGCGCACGGCUGGCUCGAGGAAACAUCCAGGACCUGUCGAAGCUCAGCGUCAAAGACCACGACGCCGUUAUCUUCCCAGGUGGUUUCGGGGCAGCGAAGAACCUGUGUACGUGGGCAGUUCAGGGGAAGGACUGCUCCGUCAACGAGGAGGUCAAGGCGGCGCUGCAGGCGUUCCACGGUGAGGGCAAACCCAUCGGACUCUGCUGCAUCUCACCUGUGCUGGCUGCCAAGGUGCUCCCUGGGUGUGAGGUCACCGUCGGCGUGGAGAAAGACGACAAGUACCCAGACACAACCGGCACCGCCGAGGCCAUCAACCAGCUGGGCUGCAAACACGUGAGCAAGAGCGUCGGCGAGAGUCACGUGGACGAGAAGAACAAGCUGGUCACCACCAGCGCCUUCAUGUGCAACGCUCCCAUCCACGAGAUCUUCGACGGGAUCGGCUCGAUGGUGCGGGACUUGCUGAAACUGGCUUGACUUGACUGAAACUCAAAUGAGAUGGAGAUGGUUGCCUGCCGAGCUGAUUUUUAAGAAGAUAAAGCAUCAUCGCUAUUAGAAGCACUUCCAGAUACUCGUUGGUAGAAAAAAUCUGCACAUCAUCCAGGAUUAUUUGUUGUUAUGACAGAGAUCUGAAGCAGUGGAUCAGUGUCAUAACAGCAGAACUGAUCACAUGAAAAUCUAUAGCAAGUAGAGGAUUGUACAAAAAAAUGCAAUAAAAUGAAAAAGUCGA